AUAAUGAAAUGGAACGUAUACUAUUUAUUGACAAAAAAGAAAAUGAAAAAUGAAUCUCGCUGAAAAUGUGAAAAGUCGUGGGAAAUCCCUAAAGUUCUGUGUCUGUUGAGAUUAAACAUGUAAUUAAACAAAUUGUGUGCUUUACAUUUUUUUAAAUAACUUCUACAGUUCAUAUUUUUACAGUUUAUGAUGUUUUAUUCUGAAUUUUUGCCGUAUAAAUAAAUUCUAAUGUAAUUAUUGGUGAGAAAGGCUCUAUUUGAUGGUCAUCAUGAAGCGACAAAACGUACGAACUUUAUCUUUAGUGGUGUGCACCUUCACAUACCUUCUGAUUGGGGCGGCUGUGUUUGAUGCACUCGAGUCUGAUACAGAGAGCAAAAGAUGGGAAGUACUGACUGAUAUGAAAAAUGGUCUAGUCCGCAAGUACAACAUAACUCCCGAAGACUAUCACAUGAUAGAGAUAGUGAUAAUAGAGAAUAAACCGCACAAAGCAGGCCCUCAGUGGAAGUUUGCCGGUGCAUUCUAUUUCGCAACUGUUGUUCUGGCCAUGAUCGGGUAUGGGCAUUCUACACCAGUCACCGUUGGAGGGAAGGCUUUCUGUAUGGCGUAUGCUGUGGUGGGUAUUCCGCUAGGCCUAGUUAUGUUCCAGAGCAUCGGCGAGCGACUGAACAAGUUCGCGUCCGUGGUGAUCCGGCGCGCGAAGUGCUACCUCCGCUGUAACACCACCGAGGCAACGGAGAUGAACCUCAUGUUUGCUACCGGCAUGCUGUCCUCUAUUAUUAUUACCACUGGUGCUGCCGUGUUCUCUCGCUACGAAGGUUGGAGUUACUUCGACAGCUUCUACUACUGCUUCGUCACGCUCACCACUAUUGGCUUUGGAGACUAUGUUGCAUUGCAGAACGACCAAGCGCUGACCAGCAAACCGGGGUACGUGGCUCUGAGCCUGGUGUUCAUUCUGUUCGGGCUGGCCGUGGUGGCCGCCAGCAUCAACCUGCUGGUGCUCAGAUUCAUGACCAUGCAAGCUGAGGAGAACGCUCGAGACGAAGACAAAGAUGGAUCCCGUACUCUCCUCCCCAUCGACGCUCAUGUGGUGGGCCGUCUGCGGGCGCACGAUGAUCAAGCGUCUGUGUGCUCAUGCAACUGUCUCGGCAACAAGCAGUGCGAGGGCGCUUUGCUGGCGCCCCGACAGCGUUCCGACCUCACGCCCGAUCUCAUCGAGAGAGCCUCCGUGUAAAGUUCCCAUUAUUAUUUUUUUCGCAACAUAUUGAUUAUCAAAUGUUAUAUUGGGAGGUGGACUGAAAAUUAUAAGAUCUCGGUGCUCGUGUGGAGAUCCAGAGCAGACAAUGUCUCACCUUCUCCCUAGUCCAAUACGAAAACAAUGACAUGUAAAGUAGUAUUAUGUAUCGUCCCAUACGCUGUUUUUUUCCAAUAAAACGAAACACUUUCCGCGCGGAUGAUCAGCAGUUCCAAAAAUGCAACUUUUGCCCCAUGCUUUUGCUUGCCAUUUUCACUGUUAGUGCUUUUUAUUUGUGCCAAAGAGAGAUUUACUUUUAAAUCGAUAAAAAUACGUAUCUUCAAAUGUAGUACAUCAAUUUUAAUUAUAAUUAUUAGCUGCUGCCAUAUGCAUGCACUGCACAUUAGUUAUGAUCACGCGUAGCAUCAACUAUCCUAUCAUAAAUGCAACAUAGCAGUGUUAUCUUUGAGAUUGUUUCAAAAAUAUUUCUACUUAUACAAAAAAUAUUUAGAAUAAUGCCUAGGUUGUCAUUGUAAGUCCAUAUGUCGAAUUAAUUAAUUAUAUAGACGUAAAAAGAGGAAAAGAUCAAGUAGUAAGUACCUAUGUAAUAUAUACUAAGUGUGGGAUACCUACCCUAGUCUUAAGAGUAUUCCAAUUCCGCGUUAGCUGAUAAUGUAAAAUGGUGAUGUUUAUUUGUUGGUUACUCUGUGAAUUGUGUUGUAUAUGUGUUGUUACUCAAGUCUGUAUUUCUGUAAUAAGUGUAUAUUUAAUUUUAAAAGAGAGAAUUUAGAAUUUGAAUUUUGCAUUUGAAUUACUUUUUUCGGCAGGCGAGUAGAUAGAUAAAAUAUAGUGUAUUUGUGCAGCCGAAAGUAAUUAAUCAAAAAAAAUAUAUUGUGGAUAUCAUCAGAAUUAUAAUAAGGUCACCUAAAAAUAUAUAUUAUUGUAAUAUAUUUCAGAAUACUCAUAGUAGUUAAGAGAAGUCAUAGUGCCAAAUUUUAUACGAUCAUUUUAUUUCUUUUUACACAGAACUUAUUUUUAUAACACGUCACUACGCAACGCUUAGGAGCCCUUCGAUUUCGCUGUGGCUGCCCUCUACGUACAUAUGAAACUACACAGUUUGUAAAAAAUAGUACUAAAUCCAGUGAGUGCUUUAUAGUUCUGAAUUUUUCCGAUAUGUGACUCUUCUUUGUCCUAUUUAGGGGGUAGGUCCAAAAAUAUUUGUGGCCUUUUACAUUUUUUACUAAUAAGGGGACAGAUAAAGUUAUUUCCUCAUCUGAAAAGUUUUUUCUCAUAAAUUUUUUUCCUCAUUUGUCUUUCCAAACAGAUGAGGAAAAAGCUUUAUCUGUCCCCUGCAGGACGAAACAUGGUGACGGAUUAAUUCGAUCGAAAUUAUCGUUUAAUUUUUCAAAAACGACUUUAUGCACGUGUGCACAAUCAAUAUCUGUGAUAUGAUUUGAUCUCAUUGUUUCAUAUUAUUUUAAUCUAUCAUGUAAAUAAAUAUGUAUUACGUAUAAUGUAUUGUGUUAUUUGUAAUUUAAUAAAUUUUUAAUGUGGUAACGUGCCUAUUUAUUGACGUAUU